AUCAGUGUCUCAUCUAUAAUAUCAACUUUUUAACUAUUUAACAUCACUUGAACAGAAUUCCAUGAUGACCAUGAAACUACUAGUCCUAGUGAUGUGCCUGAUUGGACUUUGUUCCUCCAUUCCUGUGUCUGAGGAACAUGAUCGAGAGGAGCGCUCAGCUAGUGAUGAGAUGUUCAGGGGUUAUGGGCGUGGUUUGGGAGGGUUUUACCCCUAUCAGCAGCCUCAGUACCCAUCAUACUUCCCUUACGCCCAGCUUCCCCAAAGUAACUCCGCCCUGAUGGCCCUCCUGCCCUUCCUAUUGGCCACACUCACUGCCACUCCUGCCGCAACUCCUGCUGCAGCUCCCGCCCCAGCUGCUGCAGCUCCCGCCCCAGCUGCCGCCGCUGCCACACCAGCCCCAGCAGCGGGUGGAAAAUGA